AUGGGAGCUCUUAAUUCCAGAAGUCCUGCUCUCUACGCUGGACGUGAGAGCCAACCGGUGGAGGAUACCGUAAUGAAACAGACCACAUCAUUAUCGGACCGUCGCCUCCUCCGAGGAAGAUUUCCCUUCACAAGGAGAGCAGAGAAAGCCGCCAAGUUCAGAGAGAGAAAUUCCAGGACUAUCAUCAACUGGGAUCUCUUCGCUACGCUAGCCGGCUUUUGGGAAGAUUUCGCAAUGGACAACAUCGACGGGGAAUAUGACCGGCUCGUUGAACACCUUCACGACUGCGCGAAAAAAGCUGAGAGUUUUAAAACCACCAAGAGACGCCUGACUCUUGAAACUCUUGAGCUGAUACGCCAGCGUGGAGCAGCACGAGCCGCAGAGAACCAAAAACUCACGUCCGAGCUCGCAAGGCUUUGCAGAGAGGCGAUAAAGGGAGACCUUAAAGAGAGAAGAGCAGAAGUACUGGCUGAAGCAGCAGAAGUGGGAAAAAGCAUCCGCUAUGCCCGUCGAGAAUUCGACAGUCGCAAUACGAGGAUGACCGCUCUCCGGAACCCAAAGGGAACAACCAUUACAUCGAGAAGAGGGAUAGAGAAAAUCAUCUACGACUUCUACUCUGAUCUCUACGACAGCCAUGUCCACUUACCUCUUCACUAUCUGAGGAAAGUCGGACAUGUUAUUCCAGAGGUUCUCCCGUCCGAAAUACGACAUGCUAUUAUGUCGGUAAGAAAUCGUACGGCACCCGGUGCCGACAGAAUAAGACCAGAACACCUGAAGAACCUUCCGCCAGCACUGUUCAACACCCUGGCGAGGAUCUUUACACGUUCUCUGUCGGAAUGCAAGGUUCCUAAACAGUGGAAGACCAGCAAGACCGUGUUGUUGUAUAAAAAGGGAGAUCCACAUGACAUCGGCAACUAUCGUCCAAUCUGCUUAUUGUUCGUCAUGUACAAGCUCUUUACAAGAGUGAUCCUUAAUAGGAUUGAAAAAGUCUUGGAUGAAGGACAGCCAUGCGAGCAAGCAGCGUUUCGAAAAGGAUUCAGCACGAUUGACCACAUUCACACUGUUUCGAAACUCAUCGAAGUAUCACGAGAGUACAAAAUGCCGCUCUGUCUCACCUUCAUCGACUUGAAGAAGGCCUUCAACUCAGUUGAGACGGAAGCGGUCGUGGAAGCCUUGGACAACCAAGGCGUCCCUACUCAGUACAUAAAGGUACCUCGAGAGUUGUACAAUAACUUCACGACCAUUCGCCAUUCUAAAAGAACAUCAUCAUUGACGUGA